AGGAGAGAGAUUCCGUCGGGCUAUCUUAGUUGCGCGCUUCUCGGCGUCGCCGCGCUGAGCAGCUGGUGUCCUUUGCGCAGUUUCUACAGUAGUUCGAUUAGCAGGCCGCGGAAAGCGCUCUUUGCAGCACAGUAUUUCAACAGGUUGUCUGAGCUGACCCAGCUACUCCUCCUUUGUCAAUAGCCGCCGUCUGCCAGCAACUUUCACGGAGCAACGCUAUCGACGACUGAAUGACUCAAGACAAGCUGCAUGACGGCCGAAUGGAUAUCCGCACGUUCCCUCCACUCACGCUGCGCGACCUGCGUCAUUGGCCGCGUCCUUGAGCGACAGGGUGCCGCUCCGAUAAUCAAUAAGAGAAGUAAGCAAGCAUUGCCGUCAUGGAUAUCAACCAAUACAGGGACGUGGAUGGCUUAUGGAUGCACAAGUUCUUUCACGAAGACUUAAUCCGCUCCACACUAGCAUACAAGCCACGGCAGGAUGACAUCUUCAUCGUAACGUACCCAAAGUGUGGCACGACGUGGACGCAGUACCUCAUCCUCAGCAUACUAUCUGACGGCCAUCCACCAAAAACAGUUGUGGACUUCAUGUUAGCAUCGCCUUUCAUGGAAAUGAUGGGCGCUGAAGCGGCAGACAAGAUGCCAAGACCGGGUCUGUUGAAGACUCACCUCCCUUUCAAAAUGCAGCCUUACUCUCCUGAAGCCAAGUACAUCUACGUCACGCGCAACCCGUACGACGUCUGCGUGUCAUUCUACUAUCACAUGAAGGGCAUGACACCCAAGAAUGUUGACAUCUCGUUCUCCAGGUAUUGCAAAUUAUUCCUUGAGGGCAAGACCUGCUUCGGAGACUACUUCGACCACUUGCUCUCCUGGUACGCGCACCGUAAUGACCCAAACGUUCUGUUCUUCACCUAUGAGCAAUUGAAGAAAGACACAAACUUCUGGACACUCAAGAUUGCCGACUUUAUGGGCGAGCAGUACGGGAAGAAGCUUCGCGAGGAUCCUGCCUUAUUGCGCAAAGUAAUCGACGCGUCGAGCCUCAAGAAUAUGCAGGGCAUUUUCAACGACCAGAUGCGUACGAUUGUAAAAGACAUGCUGAGCUUGACUCCAGACAGGGCUAUCAAAUCAAUGGAGGUUUACAGGGAAAUGCUCGCUCACGAGGAGCCAUUACACGAUAAUGAUGGAUUCGUUCGCAAGGGCAUCGUUGGAGACUGGAAAGCUCAUUUCACGAACGAGCAGAUGGAGGAUAUGAAAGCAUGGAUUGCCAAAAAGACCGAUGGGUCAGAUGUUAUGGAUUUGUGGAAGGAUCUGGAACUACCAUGAGAGCGACAUUUAUUUUACUGCGCGCGGCCAGGCAACAGCUUCAGUGCAUAUUUCCUUUCUAGUCGGCGCUGUGAAGCUGUGUGCAAAUUUCACUUCAGGUUUUCUCAUAUCCCAGAGACUUAGCAGCCACUUUCUUAUACGUUCCGGCAUAUAAUUACAGUUUAUGUCCAAGCAAUUUCAUUAUUUUGAAGUUUGGUGAAGUGCUUCGACAUGAUGAUGAGAACAUACAAUAAAAACGUUUCGUUUUGCUGUU